GAGAGAGAGAGAGAGAGAGAGAGAGAGAGAGAGACUCGGACCGGAACUGCGGUGCCUGUUGGCAUUGCUAACUUAGCAGCUAACAGGCUUUUCGUUUCCUUCCUCCUUUAUUUAUUUAUUUUCAUUUAACGCGCCCUUUCUCGUGCGGAGCGAUGUGGUUUAUUUAUUUGCUGAGCUGGCUGUCGCUGUUGCUCCAAGUGUCCUUCGUCACUCUCGCCAUCGCUGCUGGCCUAUACUACUUGGCGGAACUGAUAGAAGAGUACACGGUGGCCACCAGUCGAAUAAUAAAGUACAUGAUCCUGUUCUCGACGGGGGUGCUGGCCGGUCUGUACGUCUUUGAAGGCUUCCCGACAUUGAUGAUGGCGGUGGGCCUCUUCACCAACUUGGUCUACUUUGGCCUGCUGCGGACGUUCCCGUACAUCCUCCUGAGCUCGCCCAACUUCAUCCUGUCCUGCGUGUUGGUGGUGGUCAACCACUACAUGGCCUUCCAGUUCUUUGCACAGGAGUAUUAUCCUUUCUCAGAGGUGCUGGCGUAUUUCACCAUCUGCCUCUGGGUGAUCCCCUUCGCCUUUUUCGUGUCGCUGUCGGCGGGCGAAAACGUGCUUCCGUCCACCGUGCAGCAAGGCGAUGACGUGGUGUCCAAUUACUUCACCAAGGGCAAGCGGGGGAAGCGCUCGGGCAUCCUCCUGGUGUUCUCCUUCCUCAAGGAGGCUGUGCUGCCCACCAGCAAACUCCUGACGCUGCGUCAGGAGGAUUCGGUCGCCCGUGCCGCUACGGACCUCCCGGAGGGACGCGGUCCGACGCCUUCUUCAUCGGCGGAGAGCCGGCCGGGAACCGCGCCGCCCCUCCUGAAUCUGAAAUUCGACCUUCCGAUGGACCUCUCCAGCGCCCCAGAGUAG